CUCCUGCUCCGUGCGCCCCUGCGCCGACUCUUGCGCCCGGAUCGCUGCGGAGCCCUCCCUUCCCUUUCGCCUCCUCCGGCUCUUUCCCUUCGCCCCUCCUCCGCCAGCCACUGGAAUCAAUUCCUUGGGGAAUUGGGGCUCCGCCGCGGCGGAAGGACAGCCUUUCCUCGCGGGACUCCAGGGCUCCGACCGGGCCAUGUAAGCAGUUCCUCCCAGUGUGGUUUGCCAGAAGAAUUAAUGAGCCCUAAAUUCAUACAUUCAGAGGCCGAAUACUGACACACGCGAUUCACUUUUGGCCGACCGCAGAGGACCACGCCGGGCAUGGGCACCUUUCCCCGCGUCUGGAGGAGCACGGCUGGUCGCGCCAUCGCCGGGUCCCGACACUGCUAAGGCCGUCUCAGGGGCGUGGGCACCAGGACAGGAGGGCAGCGUCCCAGGGCCACAGAGCCAUGCCUUUCGGCCUGAAGCUCCGCCGGACACGGCGCUACAACGUCUUGAGCAAGAACUGCUUUGUCACGCGGAUCCGCCUGCUGGACAGCAAUGUCAUCGAGUGCACCCUGUCGGUGGAAAGCACAGGGCAGGAGUGCCUGGAGGCCGUGGCCCAGAGGCUGGAGCUGCGGGAGACGCACUACUUUGGCCUCUGGUUUCUCAGCAAGAGCCAGCAAGCGCGAUGGGUGGAGCUGGAGAAACCUCUGAAGAAACAUCUGGACAAGUUCGCUAAUGAGCCGCUGCUUUUCUUCGGAGUCAUGUUCUACGUGCCAAAUGUGUCAUGGCUGCGGCAAGAGGCCACGAGGUAUCAGUAUUACCUGCAAGUCAAAAAGGACGUGCUCGAAGGGCGCCUGCGGUGCUCGUUGGAACAGGUGAUUCGGCUCGCCGGCUUGGCUGUGCAAGCGGAUUUUGGAGACUACAACCAGUUUGAUUCCCAAGACUUUCUCAGAGAAUAUGUGUUGUUUCCUAUGGACCUGGCCCUGGAAGAGGCUGUUCUGGAGGAGCUGACGCAGAAGGUGGCCCAGGAGCACAAGGCGCACAGUGGGAUCCUGCCCGCCGAGGCGGAGCUUAUGUACAUCAACGAAGUGGAGCGUUUGGACGGAUUUGGACAGGAAGUCUUCCCCGUGAAGGACAAUCAUGGAAACGGAGUGCACCUGGGCAUUUUCUUUAUGGGGAUUUUCGUGAGGAACAGGAUUGGAAGACAAGCAGUAAUACACAGGUGGAAUGAUAUGGGGAACAUCACUCAUAACAAGUCGACCAUUCUGGUGGAGCUCAUCAACAAAGAAGAGACGGUGCUCUUUCACACGGAUGAUAUUGACAACGCCAAGUACAUUUCUCGCUUGUUUGCUACACGGCACAAGUUUUACAAACAAAAUAAAAUCUGCACUGAACAAUCAAACUCUCCACCCCCCAUCCGACGCCAGCCCACCUGGAGCCGAUCGUCUCUGCCCCGGCAGCAGCCCUACAUCUUGCCUCCCAUGCACGUCCAGUGUGGCGAACACUACUCCGAAACACACACUUCGCAAGACAGCAUUUUCCACGGGAACGAAGACGCCUUCUACGGCAACUCUCACAAUAGCCUGGACUUGAGCUACUUAAACGGCACCAUCACCAAUGGCAGCGUGUGCAGCGUUCACAGUGUCACCUCCCUGAGCUGCUCCCAGAGCUUCAUUCAGGCGUCACCUGUCUCUUCCAACCUCAGCAUCCCUGGGAGUGACAUCAUGCGGGCCGACUACAUCCCCAGCCACCGGCACAGCGCCAUCAUCGUGCCGUCAUACAGGCCGACCCCUGACUAUGACACCGUCAUGCGCCAGAUGAAGAGGGGGGUCAUGCACACAGACAGCCAGAGCCAGUCUCUGCGAAACCUCAACAUCAUCAACACCCAUGCCUACAACCAGCCAGAGGACCUGGUAUACAGCCAGCCUGAGAUGCGAGAGAGGCAUCCCUACACUGUCCCUUAUGGGCUACAGGGGGGCUAUGGUAACAAACUUGUCGGUCCGUCUGACCAGAUGAACCCAAAGAAUAACUCGGUGCCCAGCAAGCCGGGCGCUAGUGCCAUCUCCCACACAGUGAGCACCCCAGAGCUGGCCAACAUGCAGCUCCAGGGCACCCAUAACUACAACACGGCCCAUAUGCUCAAAAACUAUCUCUUUAGGCCGCCACCCCCCUACCCGCGGCCCCGCCCUGCCACCAGCACCCCAGACCUGGCCAGCCACCGCCACAAGUACGUCAGCGGCAGCAGCCCCGACCUGGUGACCCGCAAAGUGCAGCUGUCCGUGAAGACCUUCCAAGAGGACAGCGCUCCGGUGGUGCACCAGUCUCUGCAGGAGGUGAGCGAGCCGCUCACGGCCACCAAGCACCACAGCACGGUGAACAAGCGCCACAGCCUGGAGGUGAUGAACAGCAUGGUGCGGGGCAUGGAGGCCAUGACGCUCAAGUCGCUCAACAUCCCCAUGGCUCGGCGCAACACGCUCCGGGAGCAGGGGCCCCCCAAGGAGGGGCCCCCGGGCCACGAGGUCCCCCAGCUGCCCUCGUAUCACCACAAGAAGACCUUCUCGGAUGCCACGAUGUUGAUCCACAGCAGCGAGAGUGAGGAGGAGGAGGAGAGCGCGGAACCGGUGUCCCGGAUCCCUGGGCUCCGGGACAACAUGGAGUACAGCGCCCAGCUGCAGGCCGCCUUAGCCCGAAUCCCCAACAAGCCCCCUCCCGAGUACCCCGGCCCGAGGAAGAGUGUCAGCAACGGGGCGCUGAGGCAGGACCAGGCCAGCCUGCCCCCUGCCGUCGCCAGAGCCAGGGUGCUGAGGCACGCGCCGGCCAAAGCCGUCAGUGUCUCCCGCGCUGAGCAGCUGGCCGGCAACGGGUCGUCCCUCGGUCCGUCCAUCUCAGAACCCGACCUGACGAGUGUGAAGGAGCGGGUCAAAAAGGAGCCGGUGAAGGAGAGACCUGUGUCCGAAAUGUUCUCCCUGGAGGACAGCAUCAUAGAGAGAGAGAUGAUGAUCAGGAAUCUGGAGAAGCAGAAGAUGGCAGGCCUGGAGGCGCAGAAGAGACCGCUGAUGUUGGCAGCGCUGAAUGGGCUCUCGGUCGCUCGGGUCUCGGGGCGGGAAGACAGCCGAGCCGAUGGCACCCGGAUUCCCAUGGAUGAGAGGUUCAGAACCCUGAAGAAGAAGCUAGAAGAGGGAAUGGUGUUCACGGAAUAUGAGCAAAUCCCAAAGAAGAAGGCGGAUGGUAUUUUCAGCACGGCAGCUCUGCCCGAAAACGCCGAGCGCAGCCGGAUCCGCGAAGUUGUCCCCUAUGAGGAGAACCGAGUGGAGCUGAUACCCACCAAAGAGAACAGCACAGGUUACAUCAACGCCUCGCAUAUCAAGGUGGUGGUUGGCGGGGCAGAAUGGCACUACAUUGCCACUCAGGGGCCCCUGCCGCACACGUGCCAUGACUUCUGGCAGAUGGUGUGGGAGCAGGGAGCCAACGUGAUCGCCAUGGUCACCGCGGAAGAGGAGGGCGGACGAACCAAGAGCCACCGAUACUGGCCCAAGCUGGGGUCCAAGCACAGCUCAGCCACCUAUGGCAAGUUCAAGGUCACCACAAAGUUUCGAACAGAUUCUGGUUGCUAUGCAACCACAGGCUUGAAGGUCAAGCACCUUUUGUCUGGGCAGGAAAGGACAGUGUGGCAUUUGCAAUAUACCGACUGGCCGGAUCACGGCUGCCCAGAGGACGUCCAAGGAUUUCUGUCCUACUUGGAGGAGAUGCAGUCGGUCCGCCGGCACACCAACAGUGUGCUGGAGGGCACCAAGGACCGGCACCCUCCCAUCGUCGUCCACUGCAGUGCCGGGGUGGGACGGACCGGCGUGGUCAUCCUCUCCGAGCUGAUGAUCUACUGCCUGGAGCAUAACGAAAAGGUGGAAGUUCCCAUGAUGCUGAGGCUCCUCAGAGAGCAAAGGAUGUUCAUGAUCCAGACCAUCGCUCAGUACAAGUUUGUCUACCAGGUCCUCAUUCAGUUUCUCCAGAACUCCAGGCUCAUUUAGCCCCGGACCAGCUCCUGGAAGAGGACCCAGCUCCGUCUUGCAGAUGGGGAGGCGCCCCCAGACAACAUCUGCUCCCCCAGCAGGGCGCAGGUGGCUGGAGCCGGCAGGACAUGGGCGCCCUGAGGGAGGGAGCCAAGAUUAUUCAUAAGCAUCAUGUAUUAUUUUAUAUGAGAUAAUUUAUUUUUUCCCCCUUUGGAAUAACAUUCGUGAGUCAUUGUAAUGCAGUUUUCACAGUAAUGUAGUACUUUUCAUUUGAACCACAUUUUGACUGAUCUGCAUUGUAACACGUGGGUAGAGGUCGCCUGGUGGGUCAUUUGGGGGACAGAGGCAGAAGGGAACACAUCUCUGGUGACGUUGCAGCCAGAUGAGUAACCAACCCUGAAAUUCAUCAGCUUAAUUGCUCAUGUCCAAAUCAAAGAUGGCAAGAAAAUGACUUCCUCCUGAAAUGUAAAGACCAGGGCCAAGACCCUUUUCUGAAGGAAAAAACACUGUUCUCUUAUAUUUAGGGCUUGGGAGCCUCGCUGGACAGAUUCCUCCCUUCCUCCUUUCCGUCUUCGCUCUCAGUAGCUUCCCCUGACCCCUCCAACCUCGCGUUAACGACGGAGCCUCUCGGGCAGUGGUUCUCAACCUUCCUGAUGCCUGGACCCUUUA